CCUCGUUAUGAACUGCAUGGCGAAACAUGAUCAACAUUUUCAGCAUCGAUCGUCCUGUCAAGAAAUUAAGCGACUUUCUCACCGAUUAAUCUUGUGUUCACGGUCAGGUCUUUUCAUCAAGAAGAAGGUAAAGAAAGGGACAUUGAACUUAACAUAAUUAUUGAUUGGGUGACGCCUCAAUCCGUCCAAUAUUCCAAUGAGUAACCGGCCGACGAGCUCGCAACGCUUGUCCAACAGCGACGAGCUUGAAAUGGAUCGCAUGUCGAAUAAAAAUCGUCCGAGUAGUGCUGCUUCACGAAGGGCCUGGGGAUUAGAUGAUGGGGGUAUAGAUAAUCCUGCUGGUCCAAGGCCUGAUUCACGCCAAUCAUAUGGUAACGAGAGCUUCAGAGGCGACUCCGAUCAACCUGCUGCUAUGGAAAGUGAGAUGUACGUUGAUGGAGCCAUCCGGGUAAUGGACGACCGUCAAGAUCAAAACAUUGUGGUUACGGAAGAACCUGAGGGUUGCUGGUACAAGUUCAAAAGGGGCCUAAGGUCGCUAUGGGCCACCAGGCAGACCGAGGAGACGAAGGGCAACAGGGAGUUGCAUGUGAAGACCACCCUGAGAGAAUUGGUCGUCUACUUUAUCUUCUUGAUCGUUCUCUGCAUCUUGACGUUUGGAAUGACCAGUUCGACCAUGUUCUACUACACCAAAGUGAUGAGCGAAUUGUUCCUCGACACCUCGUUUCCCGACACAAAGAACACGUUCCGUGGACUGACAACCAUGCACGACUUCUGGAGGUUUGCCGAAUCUCCACUGAUGGACGGACUCUACUGGGAGAAGUGGUACAACGGCAAGAACGUAACCAACGACGAACUUGGCUAUAUCUUCUACGAGAACCGACUGCUUGGUGUGCCACGAAUCCGCCAGCUGAAGGUCCGCAACGACUCCUGCACUGUCCCUGAAGACUUCUCGAACGAAAUCAAGGAAUGCUUUGAUUCCUAUGCCACAAGUGUUGAAGCGACGGAGCCGUUUGGACCACCCCAGUUUCAUAAUCUCACGGCCUGGUCAUUUACAAGCGAGGCGAAGCUGAAAGGCUCCUCCCAUGAGGGUAUGAUGGCCACCUACAGCGGCGCGGGGUACUACGAAGACCUGACACGAUUCCGGGACAGCUCUCUCGCCAAGAUCAUCACGCUGAAGGAGAAUCUCUGGCUUGAUCGAGGAAGUCGAGUCGUGUUUGUCGAUUUCACUGUCUAUAAUGCAAACAUCAACUUGUUCUGCGUCAUCAGGAUUUUGGUUGAGUUUCCUCCCACUGGUGGCGCCCUCCCCUCCCAUGUGUUCAGGACCGUCAAACUGCUGCGAUACGUGACCCCCAAAGAUUUCUUCGUCCUGGCCUGCGAAUGUCUCUUCACGCUGUUCAUCAUCUAUUACAUCAUUGAGGAGGCCAUCGAGAUCAAGAAGCACCGACUGGGCUACUUCAAGAGCGUGUGGAACAUCCUGGAUAUCAUCGUGAUAGUCAUAUCGAUAAUCUGCAUCAUCUUCAACAUCUAUCGGACGAUCAAGGUAUCGGAGAUCCUCACCCAGCUGCUGAAAGAACCGGAACAGUAUGCAGACUUUGAGUUUCUGAGCUUCUGGCAGAUACAGUUCAACAAUGCUGUGGCCAUUGCCGUGUUCUGCUCCUGGGUCAAGGUUUUCAAGUAUAUCAGCUUCAACAAGACCAUGACCCAGCUGUCAUCAACCCUGGCCCGUUGUGCAAAGGAUCUCGCUGGGUUCGCUGUCAUGUUCUUCAUCAUCUUCUUUGCGUUUGCCCAGCUCGGCUAUCUGAUCUUUGGUACUCAGGUCAGGGACUUCAACAGCUUCCCUAGCGCUGUGUUUACCCUGUUCCGAAUCAUCCUCGGUGAUUUCAACUUUCACGAGCUGGAGUCUGCCAACAGGGUCCUCGGCCCCAUCUACUUCAUGCUUUACGUGUUCUUUGUAUUCUUCGUACUGCUGAACAUGUUCUUGGCCAUCAUCAACGACACGUACUCUGAGGUCAAGGCUGAUAUUGCUGAGCAGAAGAAUGAGUUUGAGAUGGCUGAUUACUUCAAGAAGGGAUACAACAAGAUGCUGGACAAACUGAACCUGAAGCGUGACAAGAUCGUGGACAUCCAGAAGGCCCUUCAGUCCGCUGACAUCAACCACGACAAACAACUCGACUUUGAGGAAUGGAGGCAGGAUCUCAAGACUCGGGGCUACGCUGACACUGAAAUUGAAGCUGUGUUCGCCAAAUAUGAUCUUGACGGCGACCGGGUACUUGAUGAGGACGAACAGAGGAAGAUGCAGGCAGACCUCGAAGGACAGAAGGCGGAACUGAACAAGGAAUUCGAAAAUCUGGAUACCACCGAAAAACGACCACAGACUGCCCAAAAAAGAACCGCCAGUCGAAUCAGUUUAGAAGACAGUGGUGACGAGACGGACGACGAAGACAGCGGAACGAAAUCGACACGGAGCGGCCGGGCGAUAAGUGGCGUCUCCUAUGAAGAGUUUACUGUUUUGUCGCGACGGGUUGACCGUAUGGAACACUCGAUUGGAAGCAUCGUAUCAAAAAUAGACGCAGUCCUAGUCAAGCUGGAGGCGAUGGAAAAGGCAAAAUUAAAACGGCGCGAGACGAUGGGGAAAAUCUUGGAUAGUAUUACCGAGUCCGACGGCACCAGCGACGAAGUCAAACGAGAACAAAUGGAACGGUUAGUGAGAGAAGAGUUAGAAAGGUGGGACUCCGAGACGUCGAUUGGACAGGCGAGCGCCCGUGGUGGUUCUCCGAGCGGCAGUAGUGGUCGAGGUGGUCUGAGACCUCGGUCGUCGUCAUCGAGGCCAGGAUCAGGCUCGGGCGGUGGACAGAAUCCUGCGGAAGUUUAAAGGAGAUCAGCAUAAUCGACCGGAUGAAUCAGAGCAACGUAUGAGCUGACCCCGUCCAUGGCGAUUGUCCUAUUGUUAUCGUAUUCGUCUGAUUGUUCGAUGUCAUCAGCACCUACACCUCCACGUUAUACACCGAGCAGCGUUUAUUUGUCUGUGAAAUCUCAAGUGUAUACAUGCACACACAUUCCAUAUAAUAUGGUGAAAGCCAAACGGGCCGCGUCAAGCCAAACCGAAACCAGUGCACCAUACAUUUCGACCCAGGGCUGGAGAAAUUCUUACGAUAUGUGCAAUGUCUUUGAAAGAAGAACAAAUUUAGUCACAUUAUUCUAAUUUAGCCCUGAUUAUUUUUGCACUGUUGAGUUCUUAUGCCUAGUGCAUUCCUACCUACUUCUUUUCACUGGUUUUGGUGGCUUACCAAAGAUUGCUUGCGUUGAAUUCGGAAUGUAGUGGAAGACUGUGAAAGCAGGGAUGACGUGUAUGAAAGAAUUAUCAAAAUAUUUUCUCAGAUGAUAUCUGUGGAUAACAUGUACGCAAUACUGUAUUGCGUAUGUAUACACACAUGUAUUGUAUGCGUAUACAAUACUGUAUUAACACAAUACUGUAUUGCGUAUGUAUACAUGCAUGUAUUGUAUGCGUAUACGAUACUGUAUUAACACAAUACUGUAUUGCGUAUGUAUACAUACAUGUAUUGUAUGCGUAUACAAUACUGUAUUAACACAAUACUGUAUUGCGUAUGUAUACAUACAUGUAUUGUAUGCGUAUACAAUACUGAACACAAUACUGUAUUGCGUAUGUAUACAUACAUGUAUUGUAUGCGUAUACAAUACUGAACACAAUACUGUAUUGCGUAUGUAUACAUACAUGUAUUGUAUGCGUAUACAAUACUGUAUUAACACAAUACUGUAUUGCGUUUGUAUACAUACAUGUAUUGUAUGCGUAUACAAUACUGUAUUAACACAAUACUGUAUUGUGUAUGCAUACAGUACUGCAUUAUGUAUGUGAAAUAUGAGUAUAUUAUGUCAAAAGUUUGCUCUGUUAAGAAUCGGCAAGAGAUUUGUUGAUGCUUCUUUGGGUAACAUGAAUUGUGUAACACUAACAAUGUAUUACGACUGGUUUACAAGCAGGCAUUGUUAAAAAUCUUAAAAUCAUACCUAUAUAUACUCAGUAGGUAUUGGUAUAAUAUUCCGUCCUAUAUUAUAUUAUUAUAAUGAAAGUGAGUAUCAGGUUACAGACCCGGUUUACAUGUGCCUUGAGACCCCAUGAGGGUCUUUGCUGAACAACUGCUUUUGAAAAGGUAUAUUUGGUGUUUAAAGAUCCCUGUUAGGAGGAUUCGACGUGUUGUUGACUGGAGAAUGCCACAUUUGGCAAGAGUGAUGCAAAUUGUUGCUGGUUAACUUGCACUUGUAGCCCUAUUAACUGGCAUGAACUCUGCUGAAUAUAUGUCAUUGUUUUGCGCUGGUUUUAUGUAUGUUAUGCAGUCUGGUUGUACCUGAGGUGAUAGUCGGUCUUGAAUAGAUUCAAGGAUCUUCAACAGUUUGGUUUACCUCAUUUAGUCCAAAGGUUCUGUUGAAUAUCACAUGGAAAGACAAUCAAAUACAAGUUCAAAAAUCAAUUUUAUUCAAAUUUCUUAUAUACACUACACGACUUCAUCAGGAAAUGACUGAGAAGUUUUAGGAAAAUUGAUAUUCAAACUCAGCUUGUGAUAACAGAACAUUUGAACUAGGUCUUGAAUACAUUUUAUGAGCCAAUCUGUUGGUGUUACCUUCUGCCUCUCAGGUAGUUUGAGACUAUGGUGAAUAAAUCAGGUCAUCAUGGGUGACCAUAUCAUUUUAUAAACUGAUUGAAAGUUACUUGUUGAAGGCGUUAUGUUUAUGGGAAUUCAGUAGUGCUUUAGUCAACAAUGCAGUAAUGUUCUUCUGGAAAAAAGCCUGCUUCGUGUUGAGGGAAAUUUUGAAAUGUUUGAUUAAUUGACGCGUGUUCAUUGUUACUGACUUGCACAUGUUAAAGGUCUACACCAUUAGUGUACAUUAUUUUUGUCUGUGCCACAAAGAUAAUAGAAAUAAACAUUGCCGCUUCACUGUAACCAAACUUGUCUUGAAAAUGACCUGUAAACAAAUAUGUCAGUGGUCACAACAGCAAUUUACAUUUAGUGUGUUGAUGUAAUUGAAAAAUUUCAAAUACAAUUUCGAAUGAGUGGCAUGGGCCUUUUAUGAGAAAAUUCUUUGUUUUUGAGGGUCUUUGUUUUUAGUCAUCUUCUUGAUGAAAUUGUGAAAAUUAUUUUCUUAAAUAGUUCAAACUGUGCAAUAAAUGGAAACUGACAAAUUGUAACUUAAUAAAUUCCAGUACAUGUAUUAAUUAUUAACUUAUUACUUUUGGUCAAUAUGACAAAAUUUCUAACAAAUCUAACAUUGAAUAGUGUAUCUAAGUGAUGGUCUAUAUGACUAAUAAUGGGGGUGGUACUCUAUCCAGGGCUGGAAUUUAUGUUCAGUUGAGGGGGGGAGGGGAGGUUUUUAAAGGUAAUAUUCAAAAGAAAUUUCAGUGUCUGGAACUAAUUUCUUUAAGCUGUGUUCUGCCAAUGAAGUUGGGUCUGAAGUUGGUUUAGACGAUGUGAAGAUGUAAACUUUCAAUCAGUUUCUACUACAUGUAUAUCAUGUCUGUUUGCCUUAUUUGUUGUACAUUGUCUCUGGCAUAUUGUUGAUUAAGUAAUGCUCUUUUGUUAAUCAGAUUGUGGUAACAUUGGUUCCUUGCUAUCAAAGUGAAGUCGGACUCUUUCUAGAGUUCGCGACUCUGGUCUGACAUUGUUAAAUUUUUCUGCAGAUUCAGAACACCUACUGCUGAUGCUGAGAACAUGUAUCUGAUAGGCCUAUAUUAUUUUCGACUUCAUACUUGUAAGUUUUUAAGGCUCAGCCUUGGUGAUAUACAUUUACUCUUUUUAGUCCAGUACUUCGCACUUGGCCAGGAUUCCUUCUUGUUCAAUAAGCAUCUUUCAAGAAAUCAUUUCAAGGCACUACCUCCCAAAACUGGCCUCGAUAGUGCCUGUGCUAGUUUUCUUCUCGAUGACUUCGUCUGUGCUGAUUUGAGCUUGCCUAUCCCACGAUGAUCUUGUAUUGGUUUGAUCUGCUGUAAAUCUUUAUAAAAUUGCUAAGAUUUAAGACGGAGUUCUGAAGAGUAUCAUUUGGAUACAUAAGGUACCCACCCAAAGUACCCUGCAAACAGGUGAUUUUUGUUGCUGCGACCUGCAAUCAUGAUUGCACGCAACAAAAAUGGCUGGUUUGCGGUGGUGUCACUGGUGCCUGCGACAGGAAUCGGUGAUCACUGCAACCUGCGUUCAGUAUCAAGCCCAUCGAUUACAAGUUUUACCCGCAGACGAGAGAACGUAGGUUGUAGCGACAAAGAUCGCUUGUUUGCGCAUUGCUCAUAUCUUUUCUUCAAAUUUGUAUGCAGCUAUUACACAAUGGGUGAGGGCCGUGUGUGAUGUCAACAAUAAAUAUAUGCAACUUUCUGCUGUAAUUCUGUUUACAAGGUGUGCGCUGAUUCAACAGUUCUUCUGUGUCACUGCUGAUAAUUAGUUUCAUACAAAGUUUAUUCAAAUAGCGCCUUUGAUACCUGUUGCUGCUGAUAUUGAUGAUGUUUCUUAAAGACAAAUUAUUGUUGCUUUCUUUCAGAAAAUGGGCAAAUCUUUUAUAGAACGGGUUAUAAGUUUUUGACCAGUUUAAUCAACGUUCCGUCCAAACUAGUUCUACUUAAGCAGUAAGCCCUCAAAGACCUUGGGGCAACUUUUUGGGCUUUAUGCAACUUUAUCUGAAAACUUAUUGAGAAAAUAAGGUAUGAUUGUUUUUUGCAAAUGUUUGUUUCAGCCUUAAAGCCAAUGGUGUAGAUAAAAAGUGUGUCUUGGAAGAUAUAAAGGAAGUACUCAUGUUUUGCUGCUUGUGGAACUUUUCAAUCUUAAUAAUGUUGUUGCCCAAGUUCUUCGAUGGUCCUUCGAAUGAGAUUGGUUGCGUCUGUGUAGCAAGGAACCAACCCGCUUUGUACAGGGUGUGUUUUGUGUACAUAUUGUUGUAUUAUAGUCCUACUUGUAUAUCGACCACCAACGCCAGCCUGUUUUCGACGUGUAGUGAUGCGCUAUCAGACGCUGCCAUGUAAGAUGUUCAGAUCUAGUCCAGUUUAAUUGGGAACACCCUGUAGCUCUAACCAAGCAAUACUUGAUCAAUUCAUUAAGAAAAUUAUCGAUUUGACUUGACCCUCAAUUACAAUGAAGCAAACAGGAUAGGCCUACAACAGAAUAUUUGGUUUGGCUGGCGUCCUGUUAAGUACAACUUUCCUAUUUAAUUGUCAUAAAAAUGAACACAUUUAAAGGAAUAAUACAGAUAAUAAUCAUCUGGUUUGAGGUAAAAACUUACUAUACACCCCCCAGACAAAGUGCUAGAAAGUUGCCACACCUUGGCAGGUCUUAAAUGGGAAGGCAGUAGUGACUUGUUCUGUGGGGUGUGUUGGGAUAUUCUAGGAUUGGUGUAAAAAAGGGUAAAAUCUGGACCCUUGAGUUUUUAUCUGGGACAGUUGUACUGUAUAAGAAUCUCAAUAUUGACCUUUCGUUGUGUACUUUGCAAUACAAAAAAUAGAUCAUUAGAAUAUACAAGUCUCUAAAAAGUUGUCGGACAAGGGUUAAAUAUAGUCUGGGGCUUGUCAAAAACACCUAGGCAGCUUACAAAGGGACCCAAUAAAACACUCCACAGUUAAUUAAACUGAUUUAGACCUUUGUCUUGGUAAAGUAAAUUGCAAUAUUCGAAGGCAUCAACUACUGAUAAUUUGAGAUGUAUAUUUUGGUUGGAUAUAUCUGUCAGCAUAGCAUUAGUAAAAUGCUCUCAAAUAGUCCUGUUUGAAGCCGCUAAGUCUCUGAUUUAAGGCCUCCGUAGAGACUGUCAGAACCACAUCUUAAUGGUUAUUGUAUAACACCAGUGUAAAUGUUGUAAUUAUGAUGCAAUAAAUCACCAAAUCAACAAUGUAA